AUGUCUGAACAUAUAACAAUUUGCCGAACCUGCCUGGAUCCAGAAAGUCGUUAUUAUCAAAUAUGCGAUUAUAUCGAUGAGUGUAUGAGCAUUAUGGAAAUGAUUAAUAUAAUUGUGCCACAAAUACGUAUUAUGGAAGCCGAAAGACAAUCGGAGAUAUCGCAAUUCAUAUGUGAGGAAUGUUUGGAGAAAUUGUUGCAAUGCUAUCGAUUUCAACAGUUGUGUAUAGAUGCUGACAAUCAGCUAAGGAAUUUGGUUACAACGUCGGAGGAGAAUAUCGAAACACCGCAGGUGGUUAUAGAAACAGUGGUGACAACCGAAGCCGUGGUCGAAGAAAAGGUGGAGGUUGAUAAAGAGGAUAUGAAAAUUGAAAUUGUAUAUGAGGAUAAUGGUCAUAGUCGAGAUCAGGUGGAGGGGGAGCAGGAGAUUGUGGUGGAGAAAAUGGAAACAAUUAUUGCGAAGGAAGAAGAGUAUAUAGAUGUCUUGGCCACGGAUACACCUCCAAUAUCGAACAUUAAACAUUUCUGCACAAAUUGUAGUGAGAAGUUUGAUAGUUUGACGAGUUUAGAAUCUCAUAGCUGCUCCAAGUCAAAAGUCCGUACUUUUAUUAAUUGUGACAUUUGUAAACGAAAAUUUGUCAAUGAACAAAUUUACCAAGCUCAUAUGCAAGAACAUGCGGCAGUUGAUGAGCACAACUCGAACACUACUACCGCCUCAGAAGAAGUUGAUGAUAAUAAUGUCAAUAGCCUGGAAGGAGAAUUGGUAAAUGAAGAUGAAAUCGAGGUGGAUAUACAUGAAUUAAUAGCAGAGACAAUAGAAGAGGAACAAAUCGAAAAAGAUACAGUUGAGGCUGAAGAUGAAGCCACCCAGCAACAACAGCAGCAGCAACAGGAAGAGGAGAUGGAAAUUAAUAAUUGGUCUGAAUUGAAUGAUGACGAUGAUGAUGAGGACGAAGAUGAUGGAUAUCCAGCCACAAAAAAACAAAAACUCGAAGCUGGACAAAACAAUUCUAUGGAAGAAGAAGGAGAACCGGUUGUUGAAAAAGCAAAUGACAAAAAUCGACGCAAUUGGCGUUAUACCUGUGACGUGUGUGGCAAAGUCUACGAUCGCAUAUCACGCCUUCAGCGUCACAGUCGUGUACAUGCCACACAUAAAAAACACGAAUGUGAUAUAUGUAAGGCACGCUUUUCCACCGCAAGUUAUCUAAAAAUUCACAAAGAAAAUCAUCAAUCAAAAGAUCCCGACAAUGAAAAACCACCUCCAGGUGGUUAUAAAUGUCCCGAUUGCCCUAGGCGUUUUGAAAAGUUAACUGCCCUAUCCGGUCAUCGUCGUCUACAUUCCACACACAAUAUCAGUGUAAAUGAAAAAAUCGACUGUAACUAUUGUAAUCAAAUUUUUCUGUCAUCAAUGUGA